UUAGGGUAACAUCAAGAGGGAGCUAAUUGAAACUGAUGGAAACUUUGAGGGCUCUUUGAUUUUAUUGGGUUUUCCAUUCUUUCUUUAAGUACUUUGAUGUCUUAAUUCACAUACGAAAAGCAAUUGAAAACAAACCCAUUGUUACCCAAACCAAUCCAAUCGGCUCAAGGCUGGUAAAAUGUGUAUUGACAAGUUCUGGUUUCUCAUUCUCCCCUGCUUUUGUGUCGCCGACGGUAAAUCGAGAGGACGUUGGCUAUCGGAGCUCGUAUCCUGGCAUUGAGCAUCGCCGGGAUGGCUCUGAUAAUUGUCAAUAUCGGUGUUAGAUCCCUUGUAAUCGCGUUGUUCCCAGUUGCCUACUGCAGCAGUGGCGGCAGAGUAGGAAACAGAGGAUCAUCGAAGGUCGGGAUCGAGAUCGAGAGCGGCGCCGGUGGGAAUAGGAGCAGUUACGAUAGAAGGGAAAGCGACGCGGUGGAGAAGAUCAAACUGGUGUUCUACGAGAACAGGGAGGAUCGGGCGCCAUCGUCGAAUAGAGGGUCUUCAAAGGCGUCACGAAGAUGCUGGCCUGGAAAGGGGAUUCAAUUUGAAGACAUGGUGUCAUCAAUAGGAUGGGGAUGGUGGGAACAACAAUGCUAUCAACGGUGUGGAUUCUGAUUUGACUGUUGGUUUUGCGGCAAGAACAAGAAUGUGAGAAGCCAUGUAUUUGAUGAUGUUUAUGGUACUUAUGUGCGCCGGAUUUGAUGAUGAUCAGGCUAGCGAAUUUUGUCAAGAGGAAUUUGGCGUUUGGCUCUUGUAUCAUCAUCAUCAUCAUCAUGUUGUGUGUUGGUAUUAAUGCAGUCGAAGCUGGAAAUCUUCAGGGUGAAAAUUUCCUAAAUGUGAUAGUGAAGGUUCGAUAUCCACCUGUCCUUUCAUUUAGUGGAGUCUAUGCAUAUUAUAUGUGAUGUCUCUUUGAUCACAAAUCAAAAAUUGUUUCAAUUCUUUGAAUCUUUUCCAGGUUUAUUGCAGCCACCCGACACCUAGUUAUUCUCUCUUGUGGCAAAACAAAGGCAAUUUACAAGUACCGGGAAGUGAAGUUCAAAGAACUUCCUAUGCAAUUAGCUUUACAAGCACUACUUGUUUCGUCUGUAUCCUAUUUAGCCCUUUAUUGAUAAAUUGUGAAUUGAUGGCUUUGAUUAGUGAUAUAUGAAAUGAAUGUUUAUCAUUCAU